CUUUACAAACAAGCGUGGAGAGCGUGGUAUUUCGGUAUUUAUCUGCGAAAACGAAUUUUACAAUUGGAAAUUGCAAUAAUUCUUGCGGAAAAUUGCGAGCAAAAUGCUAUACGCUCAAAAUGGCGUUUAAAGUGAACAUUGUGCGUUAUAAUUUUACGUGAAAUAUUACUAUUUGAGCGACUUGUGUUUGUUGGAAGUUGUCAUCAACAGUGUGGUAGAUCAAGUAGCAAGCAAGCAAGAACAAGAUAGAUUCACACGAAAGGAAGGGGAAAAGUGAUGGAAUAGAACACUCACACACACACACACGAACGUGUGCCACACACAGAAACGCCAAAAUACAAAAAAAAGUAAGGAAUUCACAAAGUACCGAUUUAUCAACGACCAAACACCAAGUAAUCGAAUAACAACACACACUGGGUUUGACAUUUUAUUAUAACAUUGACAUUUGGCAAUUGUGCUAAUAUGUCAAAUUGAUAAAAGGAAAAAAACACGAGCAGCAGCUAAUAGUAGCAGCCACUAAAAAAAUAUAGAAAAAAUGGAGCUUUUCAUUAUAGUGAUAAAUUAUUAAGAUAAUAAGAACAUUAAGUAAAAGAAUAUAAACAAAAAAUAGGAAAUUUCCCCCAUUCAAGUGUUUGACAAAUUUUCGGCAGUUAAAACUUUCCGGUGGAGCAAAAGAAGCAGCAGCAGCAGCAGAUAUAAACAAAAAUACAAGUAAAGUGAAUGGUGUGGACAUAUAGAACUUAUCGCGAAAAUAUAUCCACCUAGAAACAAACAAGAAAAACUGCAAAAAAAAGAGUGAAUUUUGUGUAUGCAACAAAAAACAAGAAUAAAAAACAACAAUUUUCGAAAAGAAAUAAUGAAUUUUUGGUGCAGAUUUACACUGCAAAAUGGCCUUAGAAAUGUCUGGCAAUUGUAAUUGAUAAUACUCUUUGCAACAGCAGAAGCAGUAGCAGCAACAACAAAAAUAACAACACCAACGAUAAUUCUAACAGUACUCUACACUAGCAAAAAUAAAAGUGCAUAUAUACGACGACGACAACAACAACGACGACGUCAAGUAGAAGGGAGAGGCGGCGCCUGGUGUGUGUGAGAGACAAGUUGAGAAUUGCACCAAACUGUGUAAAGAAAUUUCAAACAAAAAAGAACAAGAAAUCCCCCGCAACAACAAAAUUCUGAGACAGGAUUGAGGAUUAGAACAAGACUGACUCUGACUGUUCGUUUGUUUGUUUGGUGUAUUUUUUGUCUAAACUCGCUAUUUUUUUCCACCUCUUCUUCGUCUCAAUGAAUCGAUGAUUAUUUUCUUGUUUUUUACUACAUUGUUGUUGUUGUUGUAGCAACAGUAAUUGACAAAAAACGACAAUUUUGAUCAAGAAUUCUUUUCAUUGAAAUACAAUAUUGCUGCCUAAAAGGAAAAAAAAAAACAUUGAAAAGAAUCAACAGCAGCGGCAGAAGUAGCAGCAGCAAACGUCUCCUUGCUUUCAUUCACAUACUACUCCACUCCACGAUAUCCAGAAGUCCACUUGGUUUGUCCGGUGCGUUCGUUACCCAUUGGAGUUCCCAUCUAAAUAAGUUAAUACAAAGUAGUCAAUAGUUGUUUUUCAUUUUGGAGUUACCUGCCAAGCCACAACUACGACAACAAGAAUAGCAACAACAAAUAUUUGCCUUAACAAGUCAUUUUAUUUCAAUUUGUGUUCUAAUACGACGUAGAGUUAACGCACCAAUCACCAAAAAACAACAACAACAGCAAAUAUAUAAUCUCCAAACCAUAUAUUUGUCCAUUUUUGGCCAACAACAACCGAAAUCCGAAAUCGAAAACAAACAAAUCAAAAAAGAAAACACACUUAUUAGAUAAGUUUAAAAAAAUACCCCUCUCCUCGCUCUUUCAAAACGCAGGAACUUUCAAAAAGUUGUCCUACCAUAUCAUUGGCAUUCCAUAGUAUUUCGGAUAAUUUUAUAGGAUCGACAACUCCCCACGCCCACGUUUUUAUUUUGAUUCUUACUCAAAAGAAAUACUAGAAGAGGGGACGGUAUCACAGAGAAUCUUUUUAGAAAUUUUUAGAAUACACGACGGUUGUUGAUGGUAGUUCCUUUACAACGACAACAACAACAGGAGCAGCGUCAUCUCUCUCAGCAAGCAUAUUAUUCUAGUCAAAGAUCAUUGUCACUUAGCAGCCAACUCUCUGUGAACGCUGCAUUUGCGCGGCAUUGAUUGGCGCUAAACUCGGUUAGAUUUUGUGUCAAACACAACACAACAAAAAAACGCCAAACUCUUUCCAAACCUCAACACAAACAACUUUGAAUGGAUCCUUUUGUUGGUUGGUUUCAAGAGGAACAGGAGGGUCCAUCCUUAAGCACAUGGGUUAAAAUAUGGGAAACCAAUGCGCAUGAAAUGAGCCAAUUGCUGGAACAGCAAAAGCAACAGUUACAAUUGCAAUCAUUACCAGGCGGCGGCAAUAAGUUCAACAACGGUGCCAAUCUCACACCACGCGAACGUGAUUAUUCCAUACAGCAGCUUCUAUUGCAACAUUUUGGUGGUUUGCGCAACAAUCACAACAACAAUAAUAACAGCAACAAUAACGGCGGCGGAGGCAGCAACAAUUCCAGCGGCAACAAUUCAAGCAACACUUCCAUCGACUCAAAUACCAAUAACGACUCAUCGACACCUGCCACAACACCGGGUGGAGGAGACGGCGGCGGCGGCGGUGGUGGGGUUAAUACCAAUACCAACACAGCAAAUAUAGCCGGCGGCAAAAUGCCCUCACACGAACGUCCCAGUUACUACAAUCCAUCACGCAGGAAAAUUGGCCGCAUUGUUGACAAUAAGGCCAGCACAUAUAAUCUGAACAAGCACAUGGACAAGCUGAUAUCCAAGUACAAGGGCUGUCCGUGGCGUGUGCCCGAUUGUAAUUAUGGGCGCGGGGUUUUGGGUCUGCAUCAGGAAAUUGAACAGUUCUAUCAAUAUGUACUGCCUACACCCACCGAGCAUGCCAUACGCCACGAGGUGGUACAUCGUAUUGAGGCCGUUGUCCAUUCAAUAUGGCCAUCGGCCAUUGUUGAGAUUUUUGGUUCCUUCCGUACUGGUCUAUUCCUGCCUACCUCUGAUAUUGACCUGGUGGUAUUGGGUCUCUGGGAUAAAAUGCCUCUGAGGACAUUGGAAACCGAGCUCAUUGCCCGUGGCAUCGCUGAACCCUCCUCGGUUCGGGUACUUGACAAGGCCUCUGUGCCGAUUAUCAAGUUAACGGAUCGUGAGACCAAAGUCAAGGUGGACAUUUCAUUUAACAUGCAGUCCGGUGUCCAGUCCGCAGAACUCAUUAAAAAAUACAAACUGAAAUUUCCGCUCUUGUCGAAAUUGGUGCUAGUUUUGAAACAGUUUUUACUUCAACGUGAUCUCAAUGAAGUUUUCACCGGUGGCAUUUCUUCCUAUUCACUGAUCUUGAUGUGCAUUAGUUUUCUACAAUUGCAUCCGCGUCAAAUCGAUGAAGAGACUGCUAAUUUGGGCGUUCUGCUGUUGGAAUUUUUCGAGCUGUACGGUAAAAAGUUCAACUACAUGAAAAUCGGCAUUUCCAUUAAAAAUGGCGGCCGCUACAUACCCAAAGAAGACUUACAACGUGAUAUGAUUGAUGGCCAUAGACCUUCGCUGUUGUGCAUUGAGGAUCCCCUAACGCCGGGCAAUGAUAUUGGCCGGAGUUCUUAUGGGGCGCUGCAGGUUAAGACGGUAUUUGAGUAUGCCUGCCAAAUACUGUCACAGGCUGUGAGUCCACUGAAUGAUUGGGCCAAUGACUGCAAUAAACGUUCAAUAUUGGGACGCAUCAUACGUAUCACCGACGAUGUUAUAGACCAUCGCGAAUGGAUACGAGAACGUUUCGAACACUUGGUCCUUGCCCGCCACUCACCGGUAUCAGUUGUGGGGACGAAUCCCAAGUACAUGCAAAUACAAUUGUUGCCUUCCACAAUGCUGCCAGCUGGGGCCCUUGCCGGCCAACAGCAGCAGAUACACGUUAUAUCCCAUCUCUAUCAUCACCAACAACAGCAGCAACAACAGCAGCACCAUUCGGCGGCGAGCACAUCGUCCGGUGAUGAUUCCGAGGAUAGCAAAGAAUGUGAUGCCGAUUCCACCUCCCAUUCAAAUACUCACGUCGUGGGUGGCGACGGCGGUGGUGGUGCGGCUAUUAUGGCCGGUGGUCCAGCUGGUGCAAAUAUGGCUACAUCCGCGAAUAUUCACACAGCUGCCCGGAUGGAUACAUGAUGAAUAGUUGCAGGUUUGGUGCAGCAACAGCAACAACAACAGCAACAAAUGGUCCAGAUGCAGACAGCUGGAACGCCCUCAGCGUUCACAGUGUCGGCAGCGACAACCAUGCUGAAACAGAUGCAGUUGCAGCAGCAAACCACGCAGCCUCUAACGCCAACACAAGCACACACAACCACAUUUAUACCGGCGGCGUCGUCACCCGUGGUGGCGGCCACGCCAUCAUCGACCACAACAUCACCCACAUUAGCCGUAAAGUCGUUCCAUGCCGAUAUACAUGUACCAUCAUCAUCAUCGUCAACGCCAAUUGUCUCCUCAAGUUCGGAUAUUGUGGGGAAUGUCGCCACAACAACAAAAUCAAAUCAAACAAAUACACACCUGCAACAGCAACAACAGCCGCAUGUGGUGUCGCAACCACAACAGCAGCAGCAGCAGAGCCAUGAAUUUAAGAUGCAGCAACCGCAGCAACAUAAGAAAAAUCUAUUAUCACCUUCACCCCCGCGACAACAACAUCACCAACCGCAACCGCAACCACAACAACAACCCCAACAGCAGCAGCAAUCAUCAAAACAGCACUACUAUCGCCAACAAUUCUAUGUUCCACCUCCCAUGCAACAACAAUAUCAACAGCAAUAUGCAGCCGCCACAACUUCAUCUUCAAAUGCCAAGUAUGUUGCCAGCAGUUCGGCCACCAGCUCAGCAGCCACCACUGCAAAUAGUGGUGGUGGUGCCGGUGGUGUUAUUGCCACCAGCAGCGGCAACAGUGGCGGUGGCAACAGCAACACUAACAAACCCCGCUAUACAAAUCAACAACAACGCCUGCAACAACAGCAACAGGUGCGGCAACAAAGAUUACAACAAAAUGCAUCAUCAUCAUCAACAACAACAAACAACAGCAGUAGUAGUAACAUCAACACCUCCGCCGUAACAUCACCGUCGUCCUCGACACUGCCGCGUAAUAAUUCCAACACCAGCACUACCCAUGGAAUUCUAACAUCGGCCUCAUCGACCAUAUCGAUUAUUUCCAUUUCUUCGGAAUCGUCCGUCUGUACAAUAUCAGAUUCUUCCUCCAAGUCUGGCUCGGAAUCGGAAUCGCGUCCAUCCAAUUCGGCAUCGUCGUCGUCAGUGUCGGCAUCGAAUAUUAAAAGCGAACACCAGCAAGGUCGUAGUAACUACAGCAAGAAUGGCAACAAUAGCAGCAGUAAUAAUGGCAAUGUUUUCCAUCCAACAACACCAUCACCACCAAAUCCCACUCCCGCAUUUCCUCUCAUCAUAACUGUUUCUACUUUGUAAAAAAAACAAAUAACUGUGAAAAAAUGUGAAUUUUUUUUAUUAAUUAUUAUUUAAUUUUUAAUGCCAUUACCUACCACCACUACUACUAUUAUUAUUAUUUUUAUUUCAUUAAUUAUGUAACUAAAAUAGUUUUUAGUGUUUUAUUUUUGUUUUCAUUUUAAAAGAUUUUUAGAAUUAAUGAAAACGAAACAAAACAAAAAAAAAAAAAAAAACAACAACCAACCAACCAACUUAUAUAUAUAUAAUAUUUAAAUGAAACAAAUGAAAACGUAAAUAUUUAAUUAUAUUAUUAUUAUUAUUACCAAGAGAAAAAAAAAUCACAAAAAAAUGAUAUUUAAAAAAUAUAUAUUAUAUAAAAAAAAUACGUUAUAAAAAAAUGAGAACUCAACAAAAAAGAGAGAGAACAAACAAUAUUUGAAACAAACAAAAAAACAACAACAAGAAAAAAAAACACAAAAAAAUCAAUAAAAUCUUCGAAAAAACCAAGACCUAUAUUAAUUUCAAAAAACAAUAUAGGUUAUUUGAAAAAAAGUUAAAAACCUAAACAAAAAAAAAAAACAAAUAAAA